CCUAACCCAUAUAACCACUAGGGUUUUGAAGUCCCUAUCUUUCUAUCAGAAGAAGAGCUUCUUCUCACAUCUCUGCAGCUGCCGCAAAAAACACGAAAGGGCUUACAUUCUGCAGCCAUGAUUAUUCCAGAGAAGAACAGAAGAGAAAUCUCCAAGUACCUCUUUCAAGAGGGAGUUUGCUAUGCAAAGAAGGACUUCAACCUUGCAAAGCACCCGGAGAUUGACGUUCCUAAUCUCCAGGUUAUUAAGCUCAUGCAGAGCUUCAAAUCCAAGGAAUAUGUUCGUGAGACAUUUGCUUGGAUGUACUACUACUGGUAUCUUACCAAUGACGGGAUUGAGUUUUUGAGGACGUACCUGAAUCUUCCAUCAGAAAUUGUUCCUGCCACCUUGAAGAAACAAGCGAAGCCUGCUGGAGGUCGGCCAUUUGGUGGCCCACCUGGUGACCGCCCACGAGGCCCACCUCGCUUUGAAGGAGACCGUCCAAGAUUUGGUGACCGUGAUGGUUAUCGUGGGGGCCCUCGAGGGGGUGAAGGUGGUGAGAAGGGAGGAGCACCAGCAGAUUACCAGCCUGCAUUUCGGGGCACUGGUGGAAGGCCAGGCUUUGGUCGUGGAGGAGGAGGUUAUGGUGCAGCACAAACCAGUUCCCCUGGCUUUACUUGAAGGUGGUUGCUUGUCCUCCCAUACUUUUGUGUUUUUAUUUAAUGUUGUGGUGCAGAGUUAAGAAAUUUUCUUGUGCCCUUGUUCAACUCUCUUAGCAAUUUGCUUCUUUGAGAACAACAUUGAGAUGGCUAUAAAUUAAUUUUGUUACUGUUUGAGAAA